AAAAACACAGUGAAGGAUGAGAUGCAGAUCGUUAUUCACAUACUAUCUCAGAUAUCUUCUAUACAAGCCAGAAUGUCACCCGUACUCAUCAUACAGAGAUUUAUACGAGGAUAUCUGGCCAGAAAACGCUAUCAUCUUAUACAAGAUACACGAAUCUGGGCAGCUGUAUCUAUCCAGCGAUAUUACCGCAACUACAAAGGUCUUCCAAAACCAGAGCCACCACCUCCACCAACUUCACCAACUCCGGGUGCAUCAGUUGAUGAAUCAUCCACAAUGAGGAUCGACUUUGAUACAUACAUGCAAAACAGAAGGCCUGGAUCACAAACACCGAGUCUAGCUUCCGGACCAGGAGAAAGGGUUCCAACGACCAGUCGGCCAAGUCAAAGACAGUCACCCAUUAAAGAAGAAGCUUUGAUACAGAUUAAGGCAGAGUCACCAACAAAAGCAUCAUCACCUCCAAUAUCAAAGAUAAAAACCAAUCUACAUAUCAAUCUCACAAAGCUCCAUACAGAUACCAUGCAGUAUUUGCAAGAUACACAUGAUCUAAUCGCUAUAGAAACCAGUACGCUAACAUGUCAGUCGCUUAGAUCACUCUUAGAUGAGCCGAAUGAUCUGAACCGAAGUCCACGUGGUGUUGAUAGGAGAGACAGAAAGAAAAAAAAGGAGUUCAAGACGGUAAAACAGAUGCUCGGCCCAUUGCCUGAGUUGGAACAAAAAUGUGAUUAUGAGUAUGAUUAUGAUGAUGAAAAUAGCAAUGAGUUUCGUACUGCAGGCUUUAGAUUGAAAGGCAUGAAACCACUUGUGCAUGACACAGAUCCUUUGCAAGAUAUGUUAAUCUCUAGACGAGAAGCAGCAAGAGACAUCAGAGCAGCUGACCAAGAGUUUCUCUUCAAGCGAGAUGCUAUGCCGAAACCUCCAAUAAAAAAAAAGAAAAUUCCAAACGCUGACCAGAGGUUGUUUGCUCGUGCACAGGGCACAAUGGGGAUGUCUAGUUUGCGAACUGUUCAACAAGCAUAUAAAGAUCGUGAACAUGCUGAGAAAAUUGCCUCAAAGGUGGAUUUUGUCAUGAAUAUGCGAAUGAACCGAGACCAAGCAAAAGGUCGAAUCAAAGGAUAUCUUGAUGAGAAACGGGCACUUGUACAGCAGCAGCAUGAAAGGGAAAUUAAUAGAAUGGCUGAGUUGAUGGAGAAGCAGGAAAAGAAAGAAAAAGAAGAUUUCGAGAAGCGUCGUGAGAUGAGAAGUAAAACAUCUGAAAUCAAGUAUGGUAGACGUACUGAUAGACUCUUUAUAUCUGAUUUCAAUAGCCAACACACCUCUGUAUCUAAUGCUUUGUUGAGACAUGACAGGCAGGCAAAACAUGAAGAUGUCAUACAGGAAAAACAAGAUACAGUCCAUGGAGCGAAAAAUUCCUCAAAACAACAACAGGAUUUAGUUUAUAACUACUUAGAACAUCGUAAGCUGAUGCGACAAGCACAUGCUGCAAUGGAAAGAGCAACGCUUGAUACACGACUUUUACAGGAGACAAAUGAUCGCCUGAUGGAAGCCCGGAACCGUGUUACCCAACAGAAACAGAAACAACAAACAGUUCAAGCAUUCUACCCCUUGCCCAAGUCUGGAUCUUCAACAACUAUCAUGCAGCGUUCUAAAUCCUCUCCAGGCACUAAGACUGACCGAUGGAAUGCCCUAGUUUUGGCUCAAGAUGGUAGAGUUGGAAAUCACCAUACUUUGGCUUUAUAA